CAGACCCUAUGUAGACUGAAUGAUCUCUCUAUAUUCAUACAUAGCCCUUUCAACUCAAGAUCAAUUUGCUAAUAUAAAUAUACCCAACUUAUUAAACACAAAUUAAAUCGUAUCACAUCGAACAAUCGGCGGCUCCAUAAAUUUCCUUCGUGGCAGUGAUAUCACUCAUUAUCGAUAAGCUCCCAAGCCCAUAAAGUGUUGAUUUUCAGGAAUCCGCCGCCUGGACAUAAAAGGAUCCCAGCCUUUUGUGACACUUGAAAAGCUAAGGGCAGGCUAACAAUCGCGCUUCUACGUCUUCCGAACCGCGCCAGUCCCACAGCAUUUUCUUUAACAUACUUAUCAUUAUCCCCAGCCAACUUUAAAGAACUUUAAAUAGCAUCAUGGUAUGUGGAGUUAUUAUUGUCCCAUCUUCUUGCACUUUGCUAAUAUAUGAGUUUAGGGUAAACGCAAGGCAGCAAAGAAGCCUCAGGGCCCAAAAAAGGUACAUCCAUCUUUAGCUACUUUCCUCAUUAUCUUGAACCAGCGACAUACAUGUACUGACAAUUUUGUGUAGAAAGAAGUUUUGAGCACCACCUUCCCCUGCUUAUUCUGCAAUCACGAAAACUCGGUGAUUGUCAAAAUUGACAAGAAAGUCGGUGUCGGUCAACUUUCCUGCAAAGUAUGCGACCAAAAGUUUCAAUGCGCCAUCAACUGUGAGUUUCCUGCAACAAAGAAAGUUGGGGCAGAGGACAAUUUGAAGCUAAUUGCGGCCCCAUACAGAUCUGUCGGCUUCCGUGGAUGUUUAUGCCGAUUGGGUUGAUGCUUGCGAUGCAGUUGCGAAAGAAGGAGAUGACGGGGGAGAUUUUGCCCCCGAACGCGCACCUGCUCGACGUCAAUCUGGUGCUGCUGCCAAAGGCGAUGAAGACGACGACGAAAACGACGACGACAUAAUGGGGGACGAGGAUGGCAUGGGUGGCUAUGGCGGCGAUGGAAUCGUUGCAGACGACGAAUACUAAGCUUGAGGUUUUCAGCUUGGGUUGUGAUAAAUUUUAUUGUUUGGAGUUUUGGGACCCUCACGGUUGGCGAACUUUCAUAUAUAUAGCCUUGGGCUGCGAGUGACAAUGGGUCAAAUCAUCCUAUCUAUCCUUGGCUACGAAUCAUAUUGGUUCAAGUGACACAGAUCAAUGGGACACCAGCAUAAACUGUUAUUUGGCUAGAUUUUUAAAAUAUUAAGAGGAUAU